UAAUGAUUGAAGAAGAAUAUAGACCUGAAGAUAAGGCCUCUAUAAAAAAGAAAUACAAAGUAUUUUAAACUCUAGCUUCAAUGAUUAGAUAAAGAGGUUACUUUGAAUCUACACCAGUUAUUCUUGUUGAAGAUGAAUCUUUUGAAUUAUUUGAAGCUAAAUAUCGUACUCAAACUUUACCAUAAAGUAUUGUAUGCUUUAAAGUAUUUUAAUUAAUAAUUUAAUAGAGAGAAGAUGAGACAGAUAAAUUACUUAUUAUUUUUUACACUAAAUAAGCAGCUCUAACUUUUGAAGAAGCAAAAAAAUAUGUUCAAGAUUUUACUAAUCGUUAAGUUAAGAGUCUAAUAAUGGUAUUUCCAACUGACCCUUUUGCAACUAAACCAUAAAUUGUUGAUAAAAAGGCAAGAUUAUUUAUAGAUUAAGUCAAUUCCACUUAAACUUACUCAUUUGAAUUAUUUGGAGAAGAUGAUUUAGUAUAUGAUGUUACAAAGCAUGAAUUAGUGCCUUAACAUAUAAUCUUAAAUGAUAAUGAAAAAGAAGUAAACUUAAAUAUGAUAAAAUUUAGUUAUUAUUAAAAAAAUAUGGUUUAGUGGAUAAUUAAUUGCCAAGAAUUUUAUAAAGCGAUCCAAUAGCAAGAUUUUUAGGACUUCAUCAUGGUGAUGUAGUAAAGAUCAUAAGAAAAAGUGAAACUGCAGGAUUAUAUGUUACCUACAGAAUAGCCAUAUGAUUU